AUGGAGGCCGCCCCGCCCGCCGCGCCCCCCCCGCCCGGCCCCGACCGCCUCUUCGACUCGCACCGGCUGCCGAGCGACGGGCUGCUGCUGCUGUCGCUGCUGCUGUACGCGCCGGUGGGGCUGUGCCUGCUGCUGCUGCGCCUCUUCCUCGGCCUCCACGUCUUCCUGGUCAGCUGCGCCCUCCCGGACAGCGCCCUCCGCAGGUUUGUCGUGCGGGUGAUGUGCUCGGUGCUGGGCCUCCUGGUGCGGCAGAGCCAGCCACGGCAGCACAGCCUCCGGGCCCGCGUCUACAUAGCCAACCACGUCACUCGCUUCGACCACAACAUCAUUAACUUGCUGACCUCCUGCAAUGCGCCCAUGCUGAAUGGGGCCUCCGGCUUCAUUUGCUGGUCCCGGGGCUUCCUGGAGGUGGGGAGCACGGGAGGCCGCGCGGAGCUCCUGGAGUCCUUGAAGGCCUACUCCUCCCACGGAGGCAACCCACCUCUGCUGCUCUUCCCUGAAGAAACCACCACCAACGGGAGGGUUGGCCUUCUGCGCUUCAGCACGUGGCCCUUCUCAAUCUUGGACAUGGUCCAGCCAGUGGCCCUGCAAGUACAGAGGCCCUUUGUUGCUGUGAGCACUGCUGAUGCCUCCUGGGUGACUGAGCUGCUCUGGACUUUCUUUGUGCCCUUCACCGUUUAUCAAGUAAGGUGGCUCCCUUCAGUCUGCAGGCGAGCUGAGGAGACACGGGAGGAGUUGGCUCUCCGGGUCCAGGAGCUCCUGGCCUUGGAGCUCGGGGUGGUGUCGACACGGGUCACUGCUGCUGAUAAAGCAGAGCACCUGAAGCGACUGCGCCACAGCCCUCCGGCUCCCUAUGCCCCAGUCCCGAGUCAACCCUCGCCGGUCCAACCUCAAACUCUCCCUAGCCCGCCCACCACGGAGGAUACGCGCUUGACAGGCAUGGCUCAGCGUGUCAAGGAAGUCCUGCCCCACGUGCCCCUGGCAGUCAUUCGCAAGGACUUGGCCCAGACUAACUGCGUGGAUGCCACCAUCGCCAACCUGCUGGAGGGCCGGGUUUCCUUCACCCCCAUCGAGGCAGAAGAGGAGCUCUCCUUGCUUGGUCCGUCGGUCUCCAGUGCCCAGCCCCCGGCGUCUCCCCCCCUGGCUAUGCUGCCCCUGAAGGUCUUUGCUAGGUCCCCAGAGGCCAGGCACCUCUCCCUGCAGGACCGGAAGCACGCGCUCUUGGACUAUGCCAGAAGGAGAUACACAGAGAAAUACGGGAUCCCCCAGAGCCAGGGGAGCCACUGAGCAGACCGCGUU